UCUUAUGCUCUGACCGGUUUAUAAUCUCUGACCGCUGAAUUCAGCAGCAUAUGAGAUAAAGCUGCUCAUCCAGAUAGAGAGAGAUGCUAGCUGGAGUUCUUCUUCUGAUAUUCCUGCCUCCCCUGGUAGCGAAGGAUCUUUGUAAAGACAGUCAAGAUGGAUUUAAAGUCAGACUCAGCAUUAAAACGGCCCUCGGAGAUGAAGCCUAUGAGUGGAAUGAGAGCGAGAUGUUUCUCUUCAGAUCUACUCUGGCGUAUGCGAUGAGGAAACAAUCUAAUCAAGACACGUAUAACAUUACAAACAUACUGGUGUGCAAUGAUACACAAAGAGUGUCGUUUGUGUUCGUGGUGACAUCACCAAAUGAUCCAGACCAACUGAUCCCUAAAGAACAAGUAGAACGAGCAGUGAGGCAGAAUAAGCAUCGCAUAAACAAUGCGUUCCUGUUAUCGGACAUGACCCUGGAGUUCAUGGGAAUCCCGCCGACGCUGGCGACCCCGAUCACAUACGACACUGAACCCUGGCUCAUCGUGUUUGGGGUGGUCAUUGGUGCUGUGGCUGUGGGGAUCGUGGCUUUACUGAUGUCCACAGUAAGCAGAAAACGACGAGCCAAAGAAAAAGCUGCUGGUCUUUCAGAAGUGGAUGAAGGAAUAGUCAAAGAGAACGGAACCACACUUUCCAGUCUUGGCAGGAAAGAAGGCGUCUACAAUCAAGCGUUCUCAAAUGACGACCGCUUCACCGAGCUGUAGACACUGAUGACAGCCAAAGAGAAAGAGUAAAGCCAUUCGGUAUCACUUAACAUAUGAAAUGCUUCACAUAUAACAAAGAAUUUAUAGCCUCCUCUACACUGUCCUGGAAUGCACAGAAAUAAGAUUGAGUAUUUAUAUAUUACUUUGUUGAGUUUUGCGACUGUUAGUUUCAAAGCUAACACCAUGUCCUAAUCAAACGUGAUGCAAUGGCGUGACACAUUUUUGCCUUAAUCAGCCACGACACAGAUUCGGUUUUAGAAAUUUUGUUUAUUUCUGCAGCUGGAACAACAUACAAACUAUGACAAUGAUAAUCUCAGGUCCUGAUUAUGUGCUUUAUUAUUAUUAUUAAUGUUAAAAGUGUCUAAUAUGACUUGGAAUAUAUCGCCAUACUGAAAAUGACAAUGGAGAAUUUACCUCAGAUCUUGAAAAUGAAUGUAAGAAAGCAUUAAUGUUAUAACUGUGAACUGUUUCAGUCACUCGGUAUGUAUUUUUAAAUAAUGUUAAAAUGGGUUAAUAUUUAUGUAUUUGAUUAUGUACUUACUAUGGAAGUUCUGCCAUGGAACAAGAUAUGAAAAAGGUAAAUGCGACUUUUUUCCAUUUUUCUCUGAAUUUAGUUUAUAUCUCACAGUAAGGACUUUAAAAAAAAUUAUAUAUAUACACACACACAUAUAUAUAUAUAUAUAUAUUUUUUUUUACUUUUUUAUAAAAAUAAACUUGGUUAAUAUAUAAAAUUCUGAAUUGCGAGAAAAAGUCAAAAUUGUGAGAUAUAAAUGUAGAAUUAUGAGAUAUAGACUUGCAAGAGAUAAAACAAAAUCUUAGAGAAAAGGUCAGAAUUGAGAGGUUCAUAAUCACAAUUACGAGUUAUUAUAACUUGCAGUUGUGGGAAAAAGUCUGAAUUGACAUAUAAACGUGAAAUUGUUGGGAAAAGUCUGAAUUGUGAGAUAUAAACGCGCAAUUGUGAGGAAAAAAGAAGUCAGACUAUUAACAUAAGUAGCAAUUAUCUGUUUGAUAUUUGUAUUUUGUGACAAAAAUGAACUUAACUUAUCUAUUUGAUUAUACUUAACCAUUUGGUUCUCAGAGAGAGACACGUCCACACACUCUUCUGAUUGGCUGGAGAUUUUUGACGCAUUUCAUAGCCGUGGUGUGUCUGUGGACUGAAAAACUCUUAUUAUUGGAAUCUCAUUUCAUUGCAUCUGGUUAGGACACGGUGUAACAUCAAUAGUGUACUACUAAAAGCUAUCAAAAAUAGUUAAAAGCAGUUAUUUUGUAGUUAAUUUUUAACUUUAUAACAAAGCCCUUCAAUAUGUCCCGCCCCCAUCUACCUGUUCAAACAGGGAAAUAUGUCAACUCAGGAAAGAAAACUGUGCUUGUCAAACAUUUCAUGAGGUUUUGAAUUCAGCUGACAAUGAUACAGGAUAAUCCGUAGCAUAUGCUGACGUCUGAAUUAUGUUCUCAGGUGCCUGUUUAUUCAGCAACAAUGUAUAAUGAAUUAUUAGAGGGAAUCAAUCAUUUAUGAAAAGAUGAGGCGCUUCUACACAGUAACAGAUUAGGCAAUUUUCCAGUGUCAAAAACAAGCGUUUUUUUACCCAUUAUGAGAUGUGGGUUUGUGCAUCCAUCACACUUCAACUGCUUUAAUUGAUUGGAUCCUCCACUGAGUGGGAAAGAAGAUUGAAGGAUAUUAAGAGAAGAUCUCCCUGAAGAAUAUGAGAUGCUGAGCUUCUGAGAACGUUCAUGAGAUUUACAGCACGAUCUUUCACUAAUUGGAUCCUCCAUCUUCAGAACCGCACACAGAGCUACAGUCGCAGAGAAAUAACAGACCGAUAUCAAAAGAAAGCUCAUUAUUGUAUUGAUGCCCUGUAGGAAUACAGAGGCCAAUACAAUAGAUCAUCACUCCACACCUGCUGCUGUGUUUAGUAAGUUCUUCAGGUGGUAGUUAAUGAUCUCUGCUGCUGUAGGUUCAAGGUUUAAACCCCUGGAUUUGUAAUACCUAAACUUGUAUUCGAACUUGUAAUUUUAGCGCACACAUAUUCUUUUUACAUUUGGAGUGCAUACAAUAUUAUUGUACUGACAGCAAUUAAAACAUUAAUACUUGCAUAUAUAAUGUUUAAGGUUCAUACAAUAUUGGAAUUCAAAAAUUGAUUUUAUUGUAUUUAUAAUAAAUUUGAUUAUGUUAAUGAUAGUAAGUUUAUUUAAUGUCUCAUUUUGUAUUAAAAGUGCUCUCUGUUCUAA